AUGUCGGACGACGACUUCAUGCAGGACUCCGACCAGGAGGAAUAUGACUUCGAAUAUGAAGACGAAGACGACGACGAAGAAGCCGAUGUCGGUAUCGAGAAUAAAUACUACAACGCGAAGCAGAUCAAAGGGGACAAUCCAGAAGAGGCCAUUGCUGAAUUUCUAGAAGUACCUGCGCUAGAGGAGGAGAAAGGCGACUGGGGGUUCAAAGGUUUAAAGCAAGCGAUUAAGCUAGAAUUUAAGCUUGGUCGAUUUGAGGAUGCCAUUGAACACUACCGUGAACUGCUCACGUACGUCAAAUCGGCCGUCACGCGAAACUAUUCCGAAAAGUCGAUCAACAGCAUGCUGGAUUACAUUGAGAAGGGCUCCGAUGAUGAAACGGCAUAUCAUUGCAUGGAGGAGUUCUACUCCUUAACACUCAAAUCUUUCCAAAAUACCAACAACGAACGGCUUUGGUUGAAGACAAAUAUCAAGCUAGCAAGGCUGUGGCUGGAGCGGAAGGAGUACGUGCAGCUAAGCAAGAAAGUGAAGGAAUUGCAUCGAGCGUGUCAGCGUGAGGACGGGACAGACGACCCGGCCAAGGGAACAUAUUCGUUGGAGGUCUACGCCUUGGAAAUCCAGAUGUACGCGAACACGAAGAACAAUAAACGGCUAAAGGCCCUCUAUCAGAAAGCGCUCACCGUGCGGUCUGCCGUGCCGCAUCCGAAAAUCAUGGGAAUAAUUCGCGAGUGUGGUGGAAAGAUGCACAUGAGUGAAGAGAAUUGGAAAGAGGCACAGAGUGACUUUUUUGAGUCGUUCAGAAACUACGAUGAAGCUGGCUCCAUACAGCGCAUCCAGGUCCUCAAGUACCUCGUCUUGACUACCAUGUUAAUGAAAUCUAACAUCAACCCCUUUGACUCGCAAGAAACCAAACCAUAUAAAACUGACCCCCGCAUCUCCGCCAUGACAGACCUGGUCGACGCAUUCCAACGCGACGACAUACACGCCUACGAAUCAAUCCUCCGCGACAACCCUGACGUCGUUUCAGACCCCUUCAUAGCCGAGAACAUCGACGAAGUUAGCCGUAACAUGCGCACUAAGGCUGUCCUAAAGUUAAUCGCCCCCUACACCCGCUUCAGCCUUUCCUUCAUCUCCAAAAAAAUCAAAAUUUCCAUCCCAGAAGUCCAGGAUAUUCUCAGCUUCCUGAUCCUCGAUCGGAAAAUCCCGGACGCAAAAAUUGACCAGGAAACCGGCGCUGUAGUUAUCAGUCGGGACGAGGACCACGAGCGUUUGCAUGCUCUUGAGACCUGGACGUCUCAGCUAAACUCGCUUUGUCAGUGUGUUUUGACAAACGCGGAUGGGUUUAGGGCCGAGGAGACGGCGCGACUUCACACUUCUAUGCUGAGUGGUGGCGGGGGUGGGUAUGGGCAGAUGGGCCCUGCAGACGAUUCUUCAUCGUCGCCGGAGUUCAGGAAGAUGGGUGUUGGUGGGAUUAAGAGGGAGUGGAAGGGAAAGUCAGGCGUUGCGAAAGCUUUUUCACGACCUCUCUGA